CCCAUGCUUAUAUGAGAGUAAAAGAGAUGACGUUAUGGUAUCUAGUCAGAGUAUAUUUCGUUUUUCCUUUUUAUUUUUGUUUCUCAAAACGAAACAACUUCGUUUUCAUUUUGUUGGCAGCCAUUGUGUUUUACCGACGUCAGAAGAAGACAAAAGGUCGUGUGUGUGUAAAAAUUUCUACAAAAAAUUUUGAUUCACUAGCUUCAAUUUCAUUUUUCCCCAACAAAAUUCCUUAAACUUUAAGGAAAAUCUAGUUAUUUCGUUCAUGUAAAUUAUAAAAAAGUGUGUUUUUUGCAAACUCUUCUAACGGUUUAUGAGUUUGUUAUUGUUUUGAAAAAAUAAAAACAAAAUAAAUCCAAACAAAAAAUGUCUAAAACAAUGUAAAAACCAAUUAAUGGCUUAAAAAAAACCUAAAAAUUAUCCACGUAAAGAAAAUUUCGUUCAUAAAAGUGCAUAUAUUCCAAUAAUCUUCAAAGAUUUUACGAUUGAACUACAAAAGUAUACAAUUUAAGCGCGUUAUUUUUAUAUAAUUUAUUGCCGAGCCUUUGGCAAUCGUGACCACAACUAAACUUCAAUAUGGAACGUAAGAAAGUGUUAGAAUUGGACAAAAUAUGUCGUGUUUGCAUUUGCGAGCGUAAAGACAUGCGGCCGCUAUUUAGUGAAAAAGUCGCCGACAUGCUAAUGGAAUGUGCCAGUGUUUGUGUUAGGCCUACAGAGGGUUGGCCAGACAAGAUAUGUGUACAAUGUGUACACGCUGUAUCUCGCUGUCAUGCCUUUAAGAUGCAAGUCGAACGCAGUGACAAAGAAUUGAGGGAGUACAUCAAAUCUUUAACGGUACGAGUAGUGAUUGAAGAUUCACCAAGUGGAACACAGUCUGCAGGACAACAAACGGAAAUGAAAAUGCAUCAAACAACCACAAGGGUGGUGUUAGAUGAAGCACAGGGUUUGAAAUUGCAACAGAGUCAGGCGAAGUUAAUAGCACUGCAGCAGCAACAACAGCUGUUAAUGCAACAGCAACAGGAACAGCAGCAGCAAAAGCAACAGAAGCUAAUACAAAAACAAUUGAAACAACAACAGCUGCAACAGCAGCAGCAACAACAACAACAAGAACAGGAAGAGAAGCAACAGCAAUUAAUAAUGCAACAGCAGCAGCAGCAACAACAACAGCAGCAGCAGCAAAUUGCUUCACAAAACAAAAAGAAAACUUUAGCCUUAAAUAAACAAAAACAACAAAAUAUGCUCAAGAAACAGCAGCAACAACAGCAGCAGCAAACAAUUGUUGUACAACAACAACAUCAGCAGCUUCAAAGCAUACAGCCCCAGCAAAAUCAACACAUCCUGCAACAACAAAUUCUAUCCGACAAUAUCACUAUGCAAAAUCCCCGCCUUCAGUCCACACAAAAUCUUAUGAAUUCUCCCCCUUUAUUACCCAUUUCAUCGACAUCCUCUACGACCACUAACACAAUAGUUCCACAUACCAACACAACCAACUCCCUACCACAACAAUUAGUCCUACCAAAUGGUCAGAUUAUAACCACAACACAAAUACUAACUACCAAUAGCAAUGGCCAACCCCAACUAGCGCAAUUAAUCAAUCCUCAGCCGUCAGCACCGCAACAACAGACACAAUUCGCCCCCCAGCUCAUACAAACAACGAGUGGACAGACACUGCAAUUGAUACAACAACCAAAUGGUCAGCAAAUUCUUCAACUGGUGCAUAUUGUGCCCCAUCGUUCGGUUGGUGGACCGGGCAGUAAUUCGAAUACUACCGCCACCAUACUCGAUGAUGACCACAUAACGAUGGUGGACGAAGAAACGCUAAUGGAACAGACCGAACAACAUUUGAUCGAUGAUGAUGAGAUCGAUGAUCAGGGUGGUAACGAUGGACAAAGGGAACAAAUUUGUGAGACCAUUGUAGUUGAGGAGGAACAAAUGCAAGUACAUCAUGGCCAGCAUCACCAUCAUCAGUUAUUGCAACAAAAUGAGGAUUUGGAGUUUCUGGACGACAUUACAGUGACUACAUCACAGCAGCAGCAACAUCAUCAGCAUCACCACCAUCACUCCCAGCAUCAGCAACUGAUACUGCAGGAUGUUACAGUUGUGCAUGAAGUCGUCGAUGAAGAGGAUCCAGAUGAUGAUCGUGAUCAUGACGAUAUAAUCGAGGAAAUUCAUAUGGAAGAAGAAAUGCUGGAUGACGAUAAUACUGGCGCUGUUCUUAUCGAAACCUCUAGUGGUUCGGAGUUCAUAACUGAUGACCAACUGGAACACCAUCAAAUGCUGGCUACGGUAGAGGAUGAUGUUGAAUUGUGUCAACAUCAACAAGAUAUGAGUGAACAUGAAAACUCUUUGGCUCAAUACACAAUUGUCGAAGACUGUGGUCCAGAUGAGGAUGAUGCCGAUGUCUUAGAGGAGGCUGAAGUAAACGCUGUACUUCAUGCUGCCUGUGGUGGCAGCAUUAUUAUUGAAAAUGAUGACAUCGUGGAGCAUGAAUCACCACAGAAAUCAGUCUGUGCAACAAUGACGACGACCACAACGUCGCCAACAGCGACUACACCCUCAAAGAAAGCUCGACGUACGAAUACUCCUCACGCUAACAAGUCUUUAGCAUCAUCGCGUCUCCUGCAAGCGACCGCCAAUUCAAUAGCAGCAGCCGCUGCCUUGGAUGACGACACCGAAAUCGAUUCCAAAAUAAUAGCCGAAUUUAUCAAUCAACAAACCUCCGUUCUGGGUACGGGACGCUACAAAUGCAACCUGUGCCAACAAGAAUUCAAACAAUUCAAAGGUCUGCACAAUCACAUGCACUCUCACUCCAACUGGAUACGAGCGAAUUGUAAAAAACAGCCGGAAUGUGAAAUUUGCCACAAGACCUUCAAAGGCCCCGGUAUGCUGCGCAUGCACAUGAAAACCCAUCAGUCGGCGGCCAAAAUUCCCACUUGUCACAUUUGUGGCAAGACUUUCAAGUCCAAGGCCAUACUCUAUCGCCACCGACACAUACAUCAGCAACGUUCCUAUGCCUGUGCUAUAGACAAUUGCCGCAAACACUUUGCAAGUACUGCCACCCUAAAGGCUCACGCUGAACGCAAUCACCCGCAAACAUUGAAUGUGCCCAAGUACAAAUGUGGCGAAUGCAAUAACCUCUUCUUUGAUGUCGAGGACUUGCACGAGCAUGUACAAAUUACCGGUCAUGGCGGCGUCAAUAAUGGCAAUAAUACUUCGGACACCUCGCCGGCUCACGACUUAAAUCUAUCGAAUGAGCAAAACGAUGGCGAUUCAACAUCGGGCACCCAAACUGUAACCAUGCAUGAGGUGGUUAAUAGUAAUGGCGAUGUGUUUAUAGUUACGCAGGCGUAGUUUUAAUCUGUACAAUAAAUUCGUUGUUUACUUUUUAAUAUUAUACUAUAGUGAAUAUUUAAGGUUUUCUUCUUUUUUUUUUUCAUUGUUGUUAACUUUAAUUAAUUUAUAGAUUUGUACACACAAUAAAUUUACGAAAAGAAAGAAAUUUUAUAUUUUAAAAAUGUAAAUAGUUACUGUAAUUAGUUUAGGUACAUUUGUAUACAUAUGUAACAAAUAUUAAUUAAAUAAUUAACACGUUCUUUUGUUUUGGCAAUAAAUCAAAUAAAACAAAUUAUUUUUAUGCAUUUAGAACUACAGUGUAUCACAAAA